UAGAAAAAUAAAACUAGGAAAAAAUAAUCCGCAACAUGGAUUACGUACACACAUUCGAUUAAGGAUUAGUGAUAUAGAGGUUUCGCGCGUAAGGAACACCAAGAGGAUUGGAUUUAACACAGACAAGAGUAGAUAGAAAAUGAAGAAGUGUAGUCUUCAUUUUUUAAUUCUUUCGAUAAUUUUUUAUAAAAUUUAUAAAGCAACAUUCAUAAUUUUUCAAUAAAUUUAUUUAAAAAAUGGAUGCCUCAUCCAUGAGACAAAAUAGUUCAGCCCCGUCUGGAAUUCAAAAUACUCUUGAAUUGAACCUAUUUAAAUCCCAGCAGAUAUCUCAACAACCUCCAAAACGUACUAAACGCUUUCAAAAUUUCCAAAGUGUUGGCGGGAGUUUGUCCCUAAGUUUUGACACUUCUGCAUUGGAAGACUUAUUAGAGAUAGGAAAGAAUGAAGAUGAAAUUGAAGAGGAAAAAAGACGUAAAACUAUAAACGCUAUUGGAUUGGGAAGGAAUGUUGCUGAUAUGAUUGCUACAAAUAGAAGUGGCAUUGAAUUUUUUGCACCAGAAUAUAACAAAGAUGCCGAGAAGCAACAUAAGAAUCAGCAAGAGGAUAAGAAGGAUCUUGUUCAAAGUAAUGGAAUAAAAAAAUCUAAAGAAAGAGUUGAAAUUGAAAAAAUUAAAAAAUGUGAGGAAAAAUUUUUGGAAUCAAGAGAUUUUGAAAAUGAAGAGGAUGAAGAGUUUUGGAAUGGGAUUAGUGCAUUGAAAACUACAAAAUAUGGAAUAGCAACGUGGUGCAUAGCAUGGAAUGGAGCAGCUAUGUAUCUUGUUUCUGAUAGAACAGGGGAAUUCUUGAUAAAUUUAUUGCUUGGAAUUUUAGGAUUUUGGCAAGCCAAAAGAAUUUCUAAAAAGCAAAGUUUUCACAAAUUACUAAGCCUAUUAACACCAACACUGAUCUUCAUACAAACGGCUCUAAUGGUUUUACAACGGAGUGCACUCGAAUCUUUUGGUGCAUUCAAGAUAACCCUGCCUAUCGCCACAAAUCAUCAAAUGAAAAAGCAGGAAUUUAAUUUUCAAUUUGAUGGGGAAUUAGCCUCGGUUUUUGCAAUUGGAAAUACUGUAUUGAUGUGCUUUGUAUGCUACUGCAAUUUGAGUGUAUUGCGGCUCAUUUUAAAUAAAUUAGGCACUAGAUUGGAUGAACUAUGUAUAGGACCUUUGAAAUGAUAGAUGGAUA